UGCAUCUUAUGCAAUGCAAUUUUUUUCACCUGUAGAGUUUUUCCAGUAAAACUAACCAAUGCAGUUAUAAUUUUAUACGGUCCUUAAUAACCGUUAACCCAUGUAAAAGCCGAUAAGACUCCUAAGAAUGAUAAUGGUAUAAAGGUCAAAUGUUUCCAUUAUUUCACUGUGAAAAGCACGGUGAGAAUUAAAGAAUGAGAUUUAUGGAGGAGCAAAGGUCGAAAGGUGCGGUCGACGAGCAAUUUCAAGCGUUCAUAGAGCCAGAAAGGAAAAAUCAACGGUUUCAGACAUUGGCACAGAAAUUAACUGAAAUUUGUUGGGAACUCUGUGUUGAAACACUUGGCCGUUCGUUGGAUUCAAGAACUCACGAUUGUCUUGUGAAUUGUCUAAACUGUUUUAUUGAUAUAAACAAUUUUAUGGCAUAUAGAGUCAGAAAUAUGGUUUUAGUUAAUCCUAAGAAAAUGGAUGUAGAGCAAACUAUUUAAUAAUCAAGAGAACUCACAA